AUGUUUGCUCGUGGAACUGCUGCACUACGGCGCUCACUAGUUGUGUCUCCAAUACAGACGACUUUACAAACCCAGGGCUAUACUCACAAGCCAAAAAUUCAACUGCCCAUAAAAAACAAGACAAAAGUGCAUGUACAACCAAUUGUACAAAACUGUGGUGGAGACCUCAUGCAUUGGAUGGGACCUGGGAGCCGCUUUCAAAUGUAUUGUUCAUUGCUUUUAUCUGGAAGUCUCGUCUACCAAGCUGAUGUCAAUGCUAAUCUAAUAGAAGUGUUGGCUACAAGUGGAGCCAUCUGCAGCGCGUCGAUGAUUGUUUUCUUUGGAGCGAAACGGCUUUGUGACAAGGUGGUGACGGACAUUGUAUCAUGUCGAAAAGUGGGUGACCCUGACGAGUUUGUGCGGGUGACGGUACUGGGUGUUGGGAAGAAAGUGGUGCUUGAGGCAUUGCCAAAAGACCUCAAGUUAUUGGGACAUGAUGGCAAGGACACGUACAGUUUUACAUUGGGCGGUCGAAGACUUGAAUUGGAUACGUCUACUGGCGAGUGUUUGAACCGUAAGGCGCUGAAUAUCCUGAUGCAGGGCAGGACGUUGGUUACAAGAAAAGACAAUCGCAGCAAGAAAAAAAUGCGUGGAUAA